AAUUUCAACUGCGAUCGUCAAAUCAGUGCCGUUUGGGAUUUCAAGGAAAUGCUCAUAAGCGGUGGACACAAUGCAGUCUAAAAUGUUGAUGGGAUUCCUCGGUGCAUCAAGGAAGCAGGAGUAAAAUGCAAAGCGUUGACGAACGAGUGCUGGAAUGGUUUCACUUUAUUUACCACAACGAUUCCUCCACCUCCCCAUUCCUGAACGCGACCGAAUUCCGUCGCCGUCUAUUUGCGAUCCUCGACUCCAAUCUUACUAUCAAUAUGAACGGUUCCAGCAAACUUUACCGACAUGCUUUCGAGUUCCAAAACAUCUCUGAUCAUAACAUAACGCAAGAAUAUGUUAAUGACUUCUUGGAAAAGCUGUUUCAAUCGCUGAGUCGGAUUAAUCGUACAACGGCCACGAGCACCGAUGUUGGCUGGGACGCUGAAGAUGCUGAGCUUGGAAAUUGCAGCGACUACUGCAAGGGGAUGAUGCGGGAUUUGCUGAUGGAUUAUAAAAUCCUACACGGUUACAUUGCCCUGGUGAUAUGCGUUUUCGGAACAAUAGCGAAUAUUUUGAAUGUCAUCGUCCUGACACGCAAAGAGAUGAGCAAAAUCCCCAUCAACCGCAUCCUGAAGUGGCUCUCGGUCACCGAUAUGUUUGUAAUGAUGGAGUACAUCCCGUUCGCCUUUUACAUGUACUCGAUACUGCCAGAUCGACAAGACUACCCUUAUUCGUGGGCUGUGUACCUGAUGUUCCAUAUGCACUUCACUCAGAUAUUACACACCAUCUCAAUUUUGCUCACUGUGAUGCUGGCCGUUUGGAGAUACAUAGCCAUCAAGCACCCACACGGUUCAUUGGCCAUCUACGCUCAAUCUAAUUAUAGUUAUGCAAUCCUGUUCUGCUACAUCCUGGCGCCUAUCCUCUGCAUGCCUACAUACUUCGUCUUCACGGUACGACAGACGCGCGUCUUCAGGAACGAUGCCCACGUGAUGAUGUACCACUUGGAUGCCGACGAGAAUACUUCGUUGUACCGUUACAACUUUUGGAUCCAUUCAGUCAUCAUAAAGUUGCUACCCUGUGCAGUUCUGACGGUAAUCAGCUGUGUGUUGAUUAACGUGCUGUGGAAAGCGAGUAAACGAAGGUUGAAACUGAAACAGGGCGGAACUUACGGCAACAAAAAUGGCACUGCCAAUGUCGGAAUAUCUACCCCGAGUCAUGCCACCAGUCAUAAUAAUGUGGCGACCAGCGUGACGGCCCCCACCUCGUCAAUGCAAACACCCAGCAACGGAAGUAGACACCCCAAAAUGGAUCGCCGAGCUGACCGAACCACCACCCUACUGGUGACAGUGCUGCUUCUGUUUCUGUUCACUGAAUUCCCCCAAGGAAUUCUCGGUCUGCUGAGUGGCAUCCUGGAGAAGUGCUUCUUUCAACGCUGCUAUGCCAUGUUCGGUGAAGUGAUGGACCUGCUUGCCUUAAUCAAUGCCGCUAUUGGUUUCGUGCUGUACGGCCUAAUGUCGAAACAGUUCCGCACUAGCUUUAAAUCGGUUUUUUGCAAAACUCCAACCCAUAGGGUCGAGAUGACAAGAAUGACCGGUCUCAAUACUACCUGUGUCUGAUGCGACCGGAUCGGUGAUGUCACGUUGAAUCGUUGGACUGGGGGAUUCUAGCACAAAUUUAGACACUUUUGUUCGACGAUUUUAAAUCUACCUAGCACUGUUACAAUAGACAUUAGCCAUUUCAUUAGUAAACAUCAAUAUAUUGCACAUCAGGAUGCAGCAGCGCAAAUCAAGAGCUAAAUUUUGACUAGAAUCGAACGUCCCAAGAUUUUUGCUUGGGUUGGAGUUGUGAUUAAAAGGGAUUUACUGUGUAAAUACAAUCACUGAGCUUUUAGAAGGAGCAAGAGUCGACUUUUAAAUGGAUGAAGAAAUAACACGUUAAACUAUAUAUAUAUAUGUGGUGAUCGCUCCAAAGGGCUGGUGAAGUAAAUUCCCACCUUAGCGCUAGCCGUAUGCGUUAGAGCCCAAGCGUCAUACGGACGACGUGUAGACCAUAGAACGGUGUCAAUGGACCAACCUUCUUUCGCCCUUCCUUUUUGGAACGAUUACCACCAUUUGGAUAACAAUAUAAAGGAGUAGAUUAACUUUUAGAUGUACAUUUAACGGGAUUGGGUGUGAAUCUAUACACUUCUCUAACAAAGAAACGAAUUUUAAGAACGAUACUGGAAGGUACAAACGCUGAAAGGUAACAGACCGUACUAGAGGUGUCAAGAAGUAAAGUAGACCAUCAAAAUGAAUAGAUCAUGGCUAGACAAUUUUCGCAUUUUCACGGACAUUUGGAGUUUUAAAAUUUAGAAAUGUGUAUAUUUUUCUACAUGAACUAAAUGUGUACAAUUGCCCUUGACGGAAAGAAUUU